AUGAGUACCGAGCAAAUGCUGGAUAAGAUAGACUAGCAGCAUAGAUAAAAAGACCCCAAAGAAGAGGAAAGAGCUUUCAAAAAAUCUGAGGGACUCGUGCCCACUCUGUCAGUUUUGUAUGGCUUAGAUGUAAGAUUCCGAUUCGCAGAGAAAGAGAGAUAAGAAGAAGUAACCAGUAUUCAUAAUAAUCUAGUUGACUUUGUAUUAGGAAGGAAGUAGUUUGUAAAUAUUAAACAAAAGAAAAAUUCAGACAGUGAAAGGUCUUUUUCUCUGAAUAGACAUAGUAACCAGCAGUCAUACUUUGAAAAUAACAAUCAGUCUACUCAGAUAGGGAGUUUGAGUUCAAACCGAGUCAUUAGAAAUUAAUCUCAGCUCUCAGAAUAUAAUUCCCCUUACAAGUUGAAAAAUAUACAGCCAAACUUAUCUAUAAGUGGGGAAUAUAAUGCUUACUCAUCGAGACAAACAGGAAAUCAAUAACAAAAUCAAAAGCCCUAUGGGAAUAUGCUACCUUUGUAGAAUUAACAGAGAAGCUUAUCAACGUAGAGGCAAACUGCUUUAGAGAACUCACCUGCUAAAGUAGAAGUAGCAAGACGGCACAAUUAAUCUCUGAUUCAAGACAUCUCUUAAAGUUCUAUCAUGAUUCAGAGCUAGAUUGACAUGGAUCAUAACUAGUCAUGCUUUGUGGAUCACGAGUUAAAAGAACUGACUUUUAAGCCUAAAAUCAAUAAUGACUAGGGUAAAAGAAUAGUUGGUAUCUUUAACAUGAACGAGUAAAAACUGAGACAGGUUAUUAAGAAAAUGUCGUCAGAGGACUAAUACGAGAACCAGUUUUAGGCUGAUGAAAUCAAUCUUAAAAGAGCUGAGUUUUUUGCCAAGACUAUUCUGAAUGCCAAGAAGGUGGCUGAGUAUAACUUUGAUGAGGACCUGCAGAAGUAUAAGAUAAACAAAGACAAGACCUCUUAACUGUUUAAAAUGAUGCAGUUGAGAGGCAAGAAGUAAAAUAUAGAAGACUCCAGACGAGAGUAACUGCUAUAAAUGAAUUAGAUACCUAAAGGCAAAAUUCUUGAGAAAAAUGAACAGCUAGUUAGAGUGCUUUAAGAUACAUCUCAAAGCUUUAGUCGGCUGAUUAAUGAGUCUAUCACUGAAGAAACCAACAAGAUGGCUGAGUAUCUUCAUGAGGCUGAAGAUGAUCUCAAUAUAGAAAACCUAGGCAUAGGUAAUGGAUCUUAGGCACCUCAUACUACUAGCUAGUAAAGAUUGAAGUCGGAUAUUGAGCUCUUCACCAACGCUUUCAGAGAGGUCAAGAAUCCAAGACAACUUCCUAAAAUCAAUUUUAAAACAGCUUCAAGAGGGACUAAUAGAAAUAACAAAAGUUUUGUCGGUGAAGCCCCUAACUUGCAGAAUUUAAUAUUGGAUGAAGUGUCUAAGGCAAAACUAGCAGUACUAGUGAAAUAAGAGUCAGAGAGACUAAAACUUGAAACUGAGAUGAAAUUCAGUGGGUUUGAAAAUAUCCCGAUUGGCAUUCACAACGAAGCUGAAAAGCAAAUGAGAAACGAGUCUAUGAAAAGAUUCCAGUACUUAAGAGAGUUAGAGCAGUAAAGAAUAAAUCCACAGCCUGUAGAUAAGAGGAAGGAACUUAUAAACAGUAUCAAUGAUAUUUGCACUAAAGCUGGACAGAAGAAGUUCGGCAUGCUUAACUAUACACUGCUUAAAUAAGAUGUAGAAAAUGGUGAUGUUGGGUUUGAUGUUUCUCAUGUCAUCAAUCAUGUUCAACAGUCUACCAGGAAAAGUAAAAGAAGAAUCAAUCAAAUUGAAGAGGAUAUGCUAUCAUUGCUUGGUCAGGAUAAUUUUAAGAAAAAACUCUAAUGA